AUGUUAAGGGUCGUCACAAGCUUUCCAUUAAAACACGUCUCAAAGCGUCGAAUUUGCCCAAAAAAGAAUGUUGAUCUACGAAUACUUCGAUUAGAAAACACAAUUAAAGAACUUGGACUAGAGAAUAAGCCAUCGGACAUACGGAACCUCGACGAAAGCAGUUCCGACCCAUCAAAAACCAAAAUCGUGGGACAGCGGGGACUACCAACUACGCAGACAACAAGUGGGCCAGGAAAACAGAACACUACGGCGGUCAUGCCAUCCACUUAA